AUGGUCACCCAGCAGAACGUUCUACACGGCGACCUCAGUCCCAACAAUUUAAUCAUCCAUGACGGAAAGGGUUACUUCAUCGACUUUGAUCAUGCCAAAUUCCUCAAAAACAAUGCAGCAGUCAAUUCGCGUGGUACUGGAACUGUACCCUAUAUUUCCUGCCGUCUUCUCAAGCUUAUGGGAGACGUUCCGCGUCCAUCCACGAUCAACCACAGAGCCUCUGAUGACCUAGAGUCUCUUUUUUACAUCCUCCUCAAAUUCACAACCACAUACGAAGGACCCAGUGGUGGCAGCAAGGCUUACCUGAUGAUGGAUGGAGAUGGUCUGGGGACUAGUGGAUCGUUGAAGAAAGAAUUUCUCACAGAGAAACAUCUGCCCUAUGAACCGACACCAUAUUUCAAAGCUUGUCGCCCCAUCCUUGAGGAAUGGCACAAGGCAAUUGGGGAUGCGCUGCACAACGAACAUGACUUGUCUCACAAAGAAAUCCUCAAGAUUAUGCAACAGGGUCUGGAGAGAAUUCUAAGUAUACCAGGUACCCCAACAUCGCAAAGUGUUGCGUUUUUGCCAGCGACAUCUGUCGCCACUCCUUCCCCUACUUCUCUUCCUCUCCCUGCGCGUCCUCAUCACCCCCAUUUCUCUCCCUCCUGCUUCUCUCCCACCCCCUCAUAA